UUCGGCCUGGCUGGGCGGCUGGGUGCCGAUUCGGUGUGUGAGCAGGAAGGAGGAGGCAGAGCCCGGCUCCCCCCCAGACGCUCGCGGAGCCGCCCCCACCCCGCUGGUUGGGUCCCUCCCGCCGCCGCCGCACAUUGUCUGCCCUGCCCUCCCGCGGCCAUGCCCCUGGGCGCCUGCUGCUGACGGAGCCGGUUGCCUGAGUCCUCCACCGCUGCCUCCCGGCUCCCCCCCCCGCCGUGCCCGCGCUGCGCCCCCUCCACGCCCCGUCUCCUCUCCUCCUUCCUCAGCCCCCCGCUUUCUCCAGAGCCGGCCGGGCCCCCAGAGAACACCCCUUGAUGGUGUAGCGCCUCAGGGGGAGAGCUUCUUUAAAACGCUGGGGUUGUUGGAGUGGUCGAAUUUUUCCUGGAAUUGAGUGAGAAAUUCAGAAGACUGAAGCCCAGGCUUACUGUCUACCUUUCACGGAGGCCCAGCCGUGAGAGGACAGAAGAAGGCACGUGGCGAAUCAUGACAGCUGACAAAGAAAAGGACAAAGACAAAGAAAAGGAUAGGGACAGGGAUCGGGACAGGGAGCGAGACAAGAGAGAAAAAGUGAGAGAAAGCGAAAACUCCCGUCCUCGUCGGAGCUGUACUUUGGAAGGAGGUGCCAAGAAUUACGCUGAAAGUGACCACAGUGAAGAUGAGGACAAUGACAACAGUGCCACCACAGAGGAGUCCACCAAGAAAAAUAAAAAGAAGCCUCCGAAGAAGAAAUCUCGUUAUGAGAGAACUGACAGUGGUGAAAUAACGUCCUUCAUCACAGAGGAUGAUGUUGUCUACAGGCCUGGAGAUUGCGUCUAUAUUGAAAGUCGACGGCCGAACACUCCAUACUUCAUCUGCAGUAUUCAAGACUUCAAGCUGAGCAAACGGGACCAUCUCCUCAUGAAUGUCAAAUGGUAUUAUCGCCAGUCUGAAGUCCCAGAUUCAGUCUAUCAGCAUUUGGUUCAGGACCGACACAAUGAGAAUGACUCUGGACGAGAGCUUGUUAUUACAGAUCCAGUGAUCAAGAAUAGAGAGCUCUUCAUUUCAGAUUAUGUUGACACUUAUCAUGCUGCUGCCCUUAGAGGAAAGUGUAAUAUCUCCCAUUUCUCUGACAUAUUUGCUGCUAGAGAGUUUAAAGCCCGAGUGGAUUCAUUUUUCUACAUAUUGGGCUACAAUCCAGAGACAAGGAGGCUGAACAGCACCCAGGGCGAGAUCAGAGUUGGACCCAGCCAUCAGGCCAAGCUUCCUGAUUUGCAGCCAUUUCCUUCUCUGGAUGGUGACACAGUGACACAACAUGAAGAGCUUGUGUGGAUGCCAGGGGUCAACGACUGUGACCUGCUCAUGUACCUCAGGGCAGCCAGGAGCAUGGCAGCUUUUGCAGGGAUGUGUGAUGGAGGAUCCACAGAAGAUGGCUGCAUUGCAGCUUCUCGGGAUGACACUACACUCAACGCACUCAACACACUACAUGAAAGUAACUACGAUGCUGGAAAAGCCCUGCAGCGCUUGGUGAAGAAGCCUGUGCCUAAACUGAUUGAAAAGUGUUGGACUGAAGAUGAAGUGAAACGCUUCAUUAAAGGGCUGAGACAGUACGGCAAGAACUUCUUCAGGAUCCGAAAGGAGUUACUUCCCAAUAAGGAGACUGGAGAACUAAUCACUUUCUAUUACUAUUGGAAGAAAACCCCUGAAGCAGCAAGUUCCCGAGCCCACCGUAGGCAUCGAAGGCAGGCUGUGUUUCGGAGAAUUAAGACUCGAACUGCUUCCACUCCAGUCAACACUCCCUCCAGGCCCCCCUCUAGUGAAUUCUUGGACUUGAGCUCAGCCAGCGAAGAUGAUUUUGACAGCGAGGACAGUGAACAAGAACUGAAGGGUUACGCCUGUCGUCACUGCUUCACAACCACCUCCAAGGACUGGCACCACGGCGGUCGCGAAAACAUCUUGCUGUGCACUGACUGCCGCAUCCACUUCAAGAAGUACGGAGAGCUCCCACCCAUUGAGAAACCAGUGGACCCACCGCCCUUUAUGUUCAAGCCUGUCAAAGAGGAAGAUGAUGGACUCAGCGGAAAACAUAGCAUGAGGACUAGGCGGAGUCGAGGCUCGAUGUCUACACUACGUAGUGGCCGUAAAAAGCAGCCAGCCAGCCCCGAUGGUAGAGCCUCGCCCACUAACGAAGACAUCAGAUCCAGUGGCCGCAACUCUCCAAGUGCUGCCAGCACCUCCAGUAAUGACAGCAAAGCAGAUUCUGUGAAGAAAUCCACCAAGAAGAUAAAAGAAGAGGCAUCUUCUCCUCUCAAGAGUUCCAAGCGCCAGCGGGAAAAGACAGCCUCAGACACCGAGGAACCUGAGAGAACCAAUGUCAAAAAAUCCAAAACACAAGAGAUCAGCAGGCCAGACUCUCCUUCGGAGGGAGAGGGCGAGGGCGAAAGCUCAGACAGUCGCAGCGUCAAUGACGACGGGAGCAGCGAUCCAAAGGACAUUGACCAGGACAACCGAAGCACUUCACCCAGUAUCCCCAGCCCCCAGGACAAUGAAAGUGACUCAGAUUCGUCUGCUCAGCAGCAAAUGCUGCAGGCACAACCUCAAGUGCUCCAGGCACAGAAUGUCCCUGCCCAGGCUCCACCUUCUACCCCGCCCGUAUCAGCACAGUUACCAACUCCGUUACCAGCAGCCUCCAGCACCCCAACAGCGCCCCUACAGGUUUCUCCAUCAGUGUCUCAGCCUCCCAGCCAGCCCCCCCCACCACCACCACCUCACUCGCACAUCCAACAGGCCCCUGCUUUACACCCUCAGAGGCUCCCUUCACCGCACCCACCACUUCACCCUUCACCGCACCCACCACUUCAGCCUUUGACUGUGCCUCAGAGUCAGCCCCAGGUUCCUGCCUCAUCGCAGUCACAUUCACAGCCUCCGCUUCAUGGCCAGGUCCAGCCUGUCCCUCACAACCUGCAGGCCCAGCCCCUCCUGCCUCAUCCGGUACCACCUCAGCCCUUCCCUCUCCCCUCACAGCCUUCUCAGUCUCAGGUUCCCCUUCAGACGCAGGCUACUGCUCACCCUCAUGCUGCUCUGCAGGUUCAAGCAGCGCAGCCUGCCCUGCAAGCUCAGGCUCCACUCCAGCAACCUCAGCCCCCCCGGGAACAGCCCCUGCCUCCUGCACCCAUGGCUAUGCCUCAUAUCAAACCCCCUCCUACUACCCCAAUCCCUCAGCUUCCUACUCCACAGGCCCACAAGCACCCUCCCCACCUCUCUGGGCCUUCUCCAUUCUCCAUGAACUCCAACCUGCCACCACCACCUGCUCUGAAGCCUCUGAGCUCCCUUUCUACUCAUCACCCUCCUUCAGCACACCCUCCUCCCUUGCAGCUGAUGCCUCAGAGUCAGCCGCUGCAGUCUUCUCCAGCCCAGCCUCCAGUCCUGACUCAGAGUCAGAAUCUUCCAGCAGCGGCGAGCCACCCCCCAUCCAGUCUCCAUCAGGUAUCCUCCCAGGCACCCUUUUCUCAGCAUCCAUUUGUCCCUGGGGGCCCACCUUCCAUCACCCCUCCAUCUUGCCCCUCCACUUCUACGCCACCUUCCGUGCCUGGUGUCCCGUCUCAGACAUCUGUCCCCACCUCUGCGGCUUCCAGUGGAAACGUUCCAGUGGUGACAUCCUGCGCGAUACCACCUAUUCAGAUCAAAGAGGAGGCUCCCGAUGAGACGGAGGAACCGGAAAGCCCACCUCCUCCACCCAGAAGCCCAUCACCUGAGCCUACUGUGGUGGACACACCAAGUCAUGCCAGUCAAUCAGCCAGGUUCUAUAAGCACCUGGACCGUGGCUACAACUCCUGCGCAAGGACAGACCUGUACUUCAUGCCUCUGGCAGGAUCCAAGCUGGCCAAGAAGAGGGAGGAGGCAAUUGAGAAGGCCAAGAGGGAGGCGGAGCAGAGAGGAAGAGAGGAGAGGGAGAGAGAGCGGGAGCGGGAAAGAGAAGCAGAAAGAGCAGCGAAAGUGUCCAGCUCUUCCCAUGAAGGUCGCCUAGGGGAACCGCCACUCAGCGGGCCAGCUCACAUGAGACCAUCCUUUGAACCUCCACCCACAACCAUCGCUGCUGUUCCACCUUACAUAGGUCCAGACACACCUGCGUUACGGACUCUCAGCGAGUACGCCCGUCCUCACGUGAUGUCCCCGACAAACCGCAACCACCCCUUCUUUGUCCCCCUGAACCCUGCCGACCCACUUCUGGCCUACCACAUGCCCGGCCUCUAUAACGUGGACCCCACCAUUCGGGAACGGGAGCUCCGGGAGCGGGAAAUCCGGGAGCGGGAGAUCAGGGAAAGGGAGUUGCGAGAGAGGAUGAAACCAGGCUUUGAGGUGAAGCCACCUGAACUAGAUGCACUGCACCCAGCGACCAACCCCAUGGAGCAUUUUGCUAGGCAUGGCGCACUGACUAUACCCCCAACGGCAGGGCCCCACCCAUUUGCUUCCUUCCAUCCGGGUUUGAACCCUCUUGAAAGGGAGAGACUUGCGCUGGCAGGCCCACAGUUACGGCCUGAAAUGAGCUACCCGGACAGACUGGCAGCAGAAAGAAUACAUGCCGAGCGGAUGGCAUCGCUCACCAAUGACCCACUGGCACGGCUCCAGAUGUUCAACGUGACGCCUCACCAUCACCAGCAUUCACAUAUCCAUUCGCAUCUGCACCUCCAUCAGCAGGACCCGCUGCAUCAAGGUGAGCACAGGGAGCUGUUCUCCAGGGACGCUGGUGUCUGCUCUCCCUGUGAGAUUGUAGAAUCACAGGGCUGGAAGGAACCAGUGCUAGGGCAGCCACCCCAUGAGCAUGAAAUGCUCCGACACCCGGUCUUCGGUACCCCCUAUCCACGAGACCUGCCUGGUGCUAUCCCACCUCCAAUGUCAGCAGCCCAUCAAUUGCAGGCCAUGCAUGCCCAGUCAGCAGAGCUGCAGAGAUUGGCGAUGGAGCAGCAAUGGUUGCACGGCCACCCCCACAUGCACGGUGGGCACCUACCGAGUCAGGAAGAUUAUUACAGUCGACUGAAGAAAGAAGGUGACAAACAGUUGUAAUUAAUUAUUUAUUUGUAAUGCCGGCUAUGGAAACCCCAGUCCUUGGGAAGGAAUGGAACAUUUUUACAUACAAUAAGAGCUGCAAAAGAAUAUCUUAUAAAGAUUUCUUUAUAUAUUUAAAUCAAAAGAAAACACCCACCUCCCUUACCAACAGCUACAGACUGACCGGCAUAAAUAGUGUUCAUUUGUAGAGAAGAUGUUCUCAAGACUGGUGUGGGCUUCCCUGCAUGACAACCUGUUCAGAAGCCUAUUGAAAAUACAGGACUCUUUGGAUUUCUCAGAGAACUACCCUGCAAUCUUGGGAGGGGGGGGGUUGUUUUUUGUUGUUUGAUUUUGGGGUAGGUGCUAGAAUCAGGUUCACAACACGACAGUCACUGUGCGUGAAGAGACAAUGCAUCUAUACUAUAUAUAUUACAAACAGAAAAAAAUAAGGAUUGCAAGUAGGUGGCAUAACAAGCUCUGAAUCCAAGUGCUAUAAUAAUAAAAAAAAAUUACUUUUAUUUUAAUACAUUGUAGGAAAUCUUCAUACUUUUAAAGAGAGCUCAGUUCUUCAGCAUGGCUUUUUAAGUCUGUAAAUAAUUUUUUUGGGUGGUGGGGGAGGAAAAAUAACAAAACUCUACAAACAUAACAAUCUUGAUUUUUUUUUUCAGUAACAUCACAAAUCCUGGUAGUGACAGAAUACAGAGUUGAUUUUUAAUACAAAAUAAAUAUAUAUAAUUAUCCCUUUAAAUAAAGGGAAAUGGUGGGUGUCAAUAAUUUCAAAUGGGCAGAUGCUUGAAAUUUGAUUUGGUAGAUACAAUAAGCAUUAAAGGGAGUUGCAGGGAUAAUGUUACAAAUAACUGUUUCUCUUCUAUUUUUUUCCCAUUAUCGUUAUAUCUUUCCAUUCUGCAGAUGACUUUUAUUGAGUUCUCAGCAGUACAGACGUCCCUUGGAACUGGCCUCUCCUUUCUGUCUCUAAUAUAGAGGUUAUUGUUAAAUUUGGCUGUAAUCUGCCUCCUCCUAUUGUCUUUUAAAACAAGAGUCUUGCUAAAUUUGUGUUAUCUCUUUAGAUUUAGCAAGUAGCAGCAAACAUUGAAAGAAAUAGUAGCUUCCUUUAAAGAGGAUGUGUCACUCAGACUCUUAAAGUCAGGAUUGUGUGGGCAUGUGCAGAAUUUUUGGACCAGGCCCACUGUCUGUGGAUUUUGUUUUACAUAAUCCUAAAGGAAGAGACUAGACAGUUGGACCAGAGUUAUGCAUUUAAAGUUUUUUCACAACCACCAGUCAUCUAAACUUAUCCUGUCUUUUACUGAAGGUUGCCUUUUUUUUUUUUUCUGACAUGGCACAAGUAUGUGUGUAACAAGGAACCUACCACUGUGGGGUUAGCCAGAGGUGUUCAGUAACAGCAUGUUCAUGCUGAUUGGUCCAGAUUGGCUAGAAGAAGAACUAUUGUGUACCCCAAGUGCACCAUGGCUGAUGUACGGCAAAGGAGAAGGUGCACACGGUAGAACAAUAGGCAUAUAUUUUUGUAAGUAGCUUUGCUCGCUGUCUGAACAAAGAGGCACAUCUUCCUCACAUAGACACGUACCAAAACAUCUUUUUUCUUAGUGCUGCAUUAGCCAUGUUUUUUUAUAAGGCAGAGGAUGGCAGGUCCAGAGAACAUCUGCAUUUGCUGGUCAUGUUUUCUAUUGGUACAAACCUCUUCCAUUCUCUCUCUCAACUUUUGAGGGCUGUAGCUCUGCUGUUGUAGACUGUUAUAUGUGGUGGUCGUGUCAUAGGACUGUAUUGAGCCAUGUUAGAUAAACUUGUAGUUAAUCAUUCAGCCUUGUGGCAAGGCACAGCAUGCAUGGUGCUUCACCACCACACUGGCCAGAAACCAACAUUACCAUGUUGCUACUCAUUGGCUGCGCUCAUGGGUAGGUAAUGGCACCAGUUUAUGAAUGAAGACCUGCAUCAGGGAGUUCCAGGCUUAAUCUGUGUAGCAGGGGAGGAAGCUUGUUUCAGUUGCAUCUCAUCUCUUUUCCUUUCAUUCCAAUUCUUCUUUCAGUCCCAUUUCAGAUCCUUAGAGUGAGUCAGUGUCUCACUGUCUGGAAUUGUGGAAGGGCAGGUAUAACACCACCACCCGUGACACUGCCUCCCUAUUUCAGUGUGGGGUUUUUUUUUAAAGUAAAAUGCUUAUUCCUUCAUGGUGUCCUUUUUUAAUCUCCUUCCAUUUUUCCAAAGAACAAAGUACUGUUUUGCAAUCCCUAUUCAAAAAGCUAGAUCUUGUUUUUCUUUGCAGCUCUGUAGUAUUUUGUACGUUUCUGACAUUGUGCCACAAAGAAGCACUGAGAUUCAUCCAUCUCAGUCCCGUGAUUAACUACAGCUUUAUUUGCAAUGGCUUUUGAACCAUCUUGGUGUUCAUUGCCCUGUUAAUAUAACCCUGACCUUUUGGUUUCCUUUCAGAAAUCUUAUUUUUUCCCCUCUGUUUUGAAGGUUUUUUUUUAAUUUUGCGUUAGUGUUUCUGAAACGUCUCUUGUUCUAUGUCGUCAUGGUUGAGCUUGUUUCACUGCACCGUUAAAGCAGAGUGUACAUUCUGACUGCUACAUUUAUAUAUAUCUUGAAGCUUAAUGUAUAUAUGAGUAGUUGGCCAUGGGAUAACACAGUGUAAACAGAGUAGAAACCCAGAAAUCGUGACUUCUGUGUUCUCUCCAUUUGAGUAUUUUGUAAUUUUUUUGAAAUAUUUGUGGACAUAAAUAAAACCAAGCUACACUACAGCA